AUGGCCUCAGACACUCGGCAAAAGCUGCUAGCGAGAAGAGCAGUUGGCCCACGAAACAGCAGCAGGCCUCUUUGCGUCGCAGUACCCGACUUUGAUGGUGAGGGCCGGACGCCAGAUCUCAACGUACUAUUCGCUUCCACCGGCUGCAUUGAUGCCAAGAUCAUCGACGACCUGCUGCCGCGCCUGGCGCGUCUGCCAGAUGUCCGCCUCCGCACCAUCAUAGACGUGGACUUUACGGGUGCGGACCUCAUACGCGCCUCGACACACUCUCUGGCCUUACAGAACACCGCUCGCAACGGACCCGUCAAUACGCAGAGUGUGGAACAGGAAGCAGCCGAUCUGUGCGAAUGGGCUAACCUGCUUGUGCUGGGACCUAUGGAUGCGAAUACGCUGGCCAAGAUGCUGCACGGCCAUACUGACAACCUACUAUUGGAGAUCAUGCGGAGUUGGAAUGUUAGCAAGAAAGUACUGCUGGUGCCGGGCAUGAGCCAUCUGAUGUGGGAGAACCCUAUGACGAAGAAGCAGAUCACGAAGAUCAGGCGGAAAUGGAAUUGGAUACAAGUGCUGGAGCCGAUCCUGUGGAGUUUCGAGGGUGACAAGAAGAAGCUGGAUACCUGGGAUGCACCUACUGAGGACCUGGUGGACGCGGUCAGGAAUCAAGUUGAUCUCAUGAACAUCGGGCAAGGACUGGACGUCUCCCCAGCAUCAAGGAUCAUGAUCACCUCCGCUCGCACGGGCGUGAUGGAAACGCCAAACUGUCUACUCCCACCCGAACUCUGGACCAUCAUCUUCGACUUCACCGGCGACUGGGAGCUAGCGCAGACCCUGCACAUCUACACCAACCUCCCCCCACCCGCAGACUGGACCUCGCACACCGCGCGCCAGGGCCCACGAAACUACAUGGAAGCCCUCGAGCUCACCAUCCUCCGAGGCAAUCUAGCCGACGUCAAACACUUCAUCGCCACGCAUAGUGUGCCCCGCUGGCUCAGCAAACUCUGCAUCAAACUCAUCAUGCGCUUCGCCAUGACCCCCUUGCUUGCGCACCUCGAAGCGAACCACAAAGAUCUCUUCUGGGCGACCUUCGGCCAUACCUUCCUGCCCGACAAAGCGAGCAGUGUGUUUGGCCGGACGGAGAUUCUCGAGUUCUGGCGCACGUCGCCGAGUUUCUUGACGAAAGAAUACAACCCCGAAGCACUGGACGGAGCGUCUCGGGCCGGGUUCGUGAACGUGUUAGAAUGGUGGCAGCAUUCCGGCCUCCCGCUCAAAUUCACCGAAGCCGCUCUCGAGCAAGCGAGCAGCCAAGGCCACGUCGAAGUCCUGGAGUGGUGGAAAUCGCAAUCCACGACCGUAGACGACACGACCGCCUCCGUCGUCGACUCGAGCAAGAUCCGGCUGAAACCCGGCAAGAGCAUCUGCUUCGCCUCCCAAAGCGGACAAACGGCCGUGGUCCGCUGGUGGCUGCACUCCGGCAUCUCCUUCCCGCACGAAGACACCGUGGCCAAACUCGCCUCCACGCACGGCCACGUGGAAGUCCUGCAGCUCUGGCACGAACACAAGGGGAGUAAAGUCAUCUUCGACAAUCAGGUUUUGGUCGGGGCGACCAAGAUGGGAAGUGUGGAUGUGUUGGAGUGGUGGAAGAAGAGUGGGUUGAAGGUGGAAUACAAGACUUGUGAUGUUGAGGAGGCGUUGGAGGAUGGGCAUGAGGGGGAGCGGGGUUUGGCGGUCCGUAGGUGGUGGGCGCGGAAUGGGUUGAAUCUUGGGGUGGGGACUAGUGAGUGGAUGAAGACGAAGUUUCUUAACUCUUAG